CUCCCGCCGAGGAACUGCCUCCUCAGGGCGCAGCGGCUUUGCCACCAGAGCCGGACGACGCAGCGUCAGAGGCGGCAUCGGGCUCCGAGGAGCGCGGCGACGAGAUUGGUUCCGAGCUCGGCGUCGAACAGGAUGAGCUUGAGAGUGCCAAGCGUGAGCUUGAGGAGGAAGAGGCUCCACCGCAGGGCGUGGUAGCCAAGGUAGGGGAGUUCGCGGAUGUGCAUGGCAUCGGGGAUCGCAUCGUGCGUUGCAACCGCUGCUGUCGCACGGCAAAGGAGUGCAACUACAGGAUCAGAGCGAAGGGUCAGUCGACUUACCAGUGCGACGCGCGCAACACGAACGGGGUGCGCCUUUCUCGGAGGUUCGGACAGUGGCCGCCAAAGUGUUUCGCUAAAAUGAAGAGUGAGUUCAAUCAGCAGUUCCACAAGGAUCUGGCAGAAGAUCCUGGGCUGUCGAACCUCGAUCGCAUUGAAGCCUUCGUGGUCAGCUCAAGCAGUGUCCAACGGAUGGAGGAGGAGCGCGUCCGCAAAGGUGGCAAGUACUUUCCGCUGAGGAAGUGGGCGCACGACGGCUUCGACGCGAAAAAGAUCGAAGAUAAUGUGCAGGAUAAGAGGUGGAACCCUGAUCUCGGGGAGUGGACGCACAGGCCGCGAUUGGAGGCGGCCUGGAGCGAGACAGCGGAGGCCGCAGUGCGCAAGAGGACGCAGGCGAAGCAGAGCGGCCCGCGGGCAGCGGCCUCGACGGGCGUCGCAGAGCACGGCGGCGACAAGGGCGACAGAAGCGACGAGAGCGACAUGUCCAGAUCCAGGAGCCGCUCGCGCGGCGACCGCGACAGGAGCAAGAGCCGCCGCAAGGGCAGGAGCAAGAGCCGCGGCAGGAGCAAGGACAAGAGCAAGAGCAGGGAUAAGGGCGCUGAGAAGGAGCGGGGGCGGCAGGGGGCGAAGGAAAAGGCCGAGCAGGCCAAGAAGGAGACGCAGGAGAAGAACCUGGCGCUGAAGUGGAUCGGCGCCGCAACGAGGCUCGAGGCAGAGCUGGACGGGUACCUCGAGCAUGAGAAGGCGGACAAGGUGCCGUCAUGGGAUGUGAAGAACGCGAAGGCGGCGAGGAAGUCUGUGGCAGUCAUGAAGGCGGUGGCGCAGAAGCGCGCGCACAGCGGCGCGGCCUUGACGAUCACGCAGGACGAGGCCAUCAGCAUCCAGAAGGAUGCGAGCUCGGCGGCGAAGGCCAUCGCGGGGAUGCUCAAGGAGGCCCAGAAGCACAGCACCUGA